AUGGAACAAAACUCGGCCGAAAAGAUAGCACCGCUCAGUAGCAUCGCUCCCAGCAUCUUUGUGCCUCUACGAGACGAUAUUCUCACCGCGGAACCACCACGGGACCGGAUCGAGCGUUUGAAGAGAAUCCUGCAAACCAUCGAUUACCAACGAGUCGGCAUCAAGGAAAACCUUCUUUACAUGUUUGAGCGCGAGAAGAGGCGCAUCGUGCUCGAGGCUGCCGAGAUAGAACAACAGCAAGGACCACCUAAAAUAACACCGGGUCUAGCACCAAACGAGGUGGACGAGAUCAUCGCCAACAUGGAGUCGCCAGCUGAGCCAGGCAAGGACUACAACGUUCGCGACAUGCCGGGCUGGCUUCAGGCCACUCCCGUGCCUCCCGACGCGCCACUCCGUGACCAAACCGUCAUGCAGCUCCUCAAUAUGGCUGAGAAGGCAGUGUUCGACUUGGAAGGAUUCAACAGGCACAUGGAUGGCAUCCAGAAGCGCUACCUUGACUGUCUCGAACAAGAGACGGCACGUUUCGCGGAUAUUGGAAAGAGCUCGGAAGGAAAAUCAGGCUUCAAAGGGGUUUAA